AUGGCCAUCUUCAUUAAGCACUUCAUUCCAACAAUUAAUGGACAGUAUCUUCCUUCAACCCAAAUUUGGGCAGCAGCUGUACAAGAAGUUUAUAAUUUUUACAAACAACAUUCUUUACCGUGGCUUUGGGUGUACCCUUGGAAUGAGCGGUAUAGUGCGGAUCGUUGUUUUUAUGGUUUCGGGCAGGAAGCAGUGAUAAGCUUCUAUUUUUAA